AUGGCUCAGCCAGUGGUGGAUAAUCAACACUAUCCUUCCUGGAUUAAUAAUAACGUCUUCCGGCAGGCUCGCUUUCAAGGAGAUCCUCAAUAUAACCAUAAGAAAUUCGAGCAUGCUCUUGAUAUUAUAAACAAUAUCGCCCAGCAUUGGGCUGAAGCCGAAGUCGAGGGUGUCAAGUUCCGGAUUACCCGUGGCAAAGAAACAGACUUUCGAUUUAGGGAUGUCCCUAUUGACAUUGAGACGCGCCCAAAUGAAGAAUUCGUACACCGGUGUGAGAAUGACGUCCUGGAGGAUGAGAAUUUGAAUAACGCCUCUUUGGCUGCGGUGCGCGAAUAUUUCAGGACCUGGAAUCCAUCCAAGGGGUGCAAGUCGGACGUUGGGAAUACACGAUAUGUUGCGUGCAUCAUGCUCGAUGCAGAAACCCUCUCUCAGAUUGCUACGGCGCCUAAGGGCUUUCCUCACGGCUUUGGUGUUUACAGCUCCUCAUCUUGGGUCAAGAUGGUCGACGUGGAGCCAACCCCUGACGAGGCGGUUUACGUACGUGUGCGUGGAGCUGACGAUUUGAUAAAAUACUGGUUUAUCCGGAACCUGAUCCGAAGCCAUGUGUUGACACACAGGAAAGAUCGCGAUUAUCCUGGAGUUCUUCACUUUGGCGACCCGCCGUCAGAAGGGUUUGAGGCAUUUGGGGGACCACCUCUUUCCUUGUUUUAG